GGCCUCUCACCCAGUUUCUGUAGGCCCGAUCUUUGCCUCAUGACUCCCCUCUUCCUCCAGCCAAGCCCCUCCUGUUACCCCUCCUCGAAAGAAGUUUUCUCUGCUCACUUAGUUCUGCUGGGGUCUGGAGGAGGAAGUCAGGGGCCCUAGAGGGAGUCACUCCCCUCAGGGGACCCAGGACCCCCCCCGGGGGGGGGAGGGGUAGCAUCUUGAUCCUCUGAAAUAGGCAACUUUGAUUCCCAUGGCAACCCCUGUUCCUGUGCAGAGGAGUUACCUCCAGGGCCCCAUCCUCAGGCUGCGCUACAUGGUGAAGCAGUUGGAGAAUGGAGAGGUGGACAUUGAAGAGCUGAAGAAAAACCUGGAAUACACAGCCUCUCUGCUGGAGGCUGUCUAUAUAGAUGAGACACGGCAAAUCUUGGACACGGAGGAUGAGCUGCAGGAGCUGCGGUCGGAUGCUGUGCCUUCGGAGGUGCGAGACUGGCUGGCCUCUACCUUCACCCAGCAGGCCCGGGCCAAAGGCCGCCGGGCUGAGGAGAAGCCUAAGUUCCGAAGCAUCGUGCAUGCCGUGCAGGCUGGGAUCUUCGUGGAACGGAUGUUCCGGAGAACGUACACCUCUGUGGGUCCCACCCAUUCCAUGGCAGUCCUCAACUGUCUCAAGAACCUGGACCUCUGGUGCUUUGAUGUCUUUUCCUUGAACCGGGCAGCAGAUGACCAUGCCCUGAGGACCAUCGUUUUUGAGUUGCUGACUCGGCACAACCUCAUCAGCCGCUUCAAGAUUCCCACUGUGUUUUUGAUGACUUUCUUGGAUGCCUUGGAGACAGGCUAUGGGAAGUACAAGAAUCCUUACCACAACCAGAUCCACGCAGCUGAUGUUACCCAGACAGUCCAUUGCUUCUUGCUCCGCACGGGGAUGGUGCACUGCCUGUCAGAGAUUGAGGUCUUGGCCAUCACCUUUGCCGCAGCCAUCCACGACUAUGAGCACACAGGCACUACCAACAGCUUCCACAUCCAGACCAAGUCAGAAUGCGCCAUCCUGUACAACGAUCGCUCGGUGCUGGAGAACCACCACAUCAGCUCUGUUUUCCGAAUGAUGCAGGAUGAUGAGAUGAACAUCUUCAUCAACUUAACCAAGGAUGAAUUUGUGGAGCUGCGUGCCCUGGUCAUUGAGAUGGUGUUGGCCACAGACAUGUCCUGCCAUUUCCAGCAAGUGAAAUCCAUGAAGACGGCCUUGCAGCAGCUAGAGAGGAUUGACAAGUCCAAGGCCCUGUCUCUGCUGCUGCAUGCUGCUGACAUCAGCCACCCAACCAAGCAGUGGUCAGUCCACAGCCGCUGGACCAAGGCCCUCAUGGAGGAAUUUUUCCGCCAGGGUGACAAGGAGGCAGAGCUGGGCCUGCCCUUUUCUCCCCUUUGUGACCGCACUUCCACGCUUGUCGCACAGUCCCAGAUUGGUUUCAUUGACUUCAUUGUGGAGCCCACAUUCUCUGUGCUGACAGACGUAGCAGAGAAGAGUGUCCAGCCCCUGGGAGAAGAGGACUCCAAGUCUAAAAACCAGCCCAGUUUCCAGUGGCGCCAGCCUUCUCUAGAUGUGGAAGUGGGAGACCCCAAUCCUGAUGUUGUCAGCUUCCGUUCCACCUGGACCAAGUACAUUCAGGAGAACAAGCAGAAAUGGAAGGAACGGGCAGCAAGUGGCAUCACCAACCAGAUGUCCAUUGACGAGUUGUCCCCCUGUGAGGAGGAAGAGGCCCCAUCUUCCCCUGCUGAAGAUGAACACAACCAGAAUGGGAAUCUGGACUAGCCCUGGGGCUGGCCCAGGUCUUCAUCAGGUCCAAAGUCUUUGAUGUCAUCAGCACCAUCCAUCGGGACUGGCUCCCCCAUUUGCUCCAAGGGAGCAUGGAGGUUGUGGAACAGACAGUCCACCCGAAGGCCAAAUGCCAGAGAUUAUGGGGUUAGGGGAAGGGCCCCUCCCUGCCUGACACCCUUUGGGGCACACUUUAAUCUCCCGGCAGCAAGACUGGGGUACUUCAGGCUCCCGAUGGUCACUGUGCCCAUCCCCCUGCCUCUGGACUCCCCCCAUGGCUGGAUGUCUGGCUGGAGCGGGGAGCGUCCUAGAGGCUUCCUCGGGCCUGGGGGGAGGGUCAGAGAUGCCAGCCCCUUGGGCCCUCCCCAGUCGUCUUUGCCUCCAAGUUUCUAAGCAAUACAUUUUGGGGGGUCCCUCAGUCCCCCACCCCAGAUCUUAGCUGGCAGGUCUGGGUUCCCCUUCCUCUCCCCUGGGAGGGGCUGGAAUAGGACAGAAAGCUAGAGAUUUUCAGAGCUCUUUAUGUAUGGGGAGAGGAAUGGUAUGGGGAGGGGUGGUUCAUCCUCUUUACCCCAGAUCUGCACUGCUUCAGCUGCCACCCCUACCCAGCACCCUGCAAUCUCCCCUCGUCCCCAUUCUGAAAUGGUGACUGGGGAAGAGAGGAGCCUUUGGGAUCAGGGGCCGAAAGGAGUCCUCCCCUGGGGUCUUUAAGAGCUUGAGACAGGUCUGGGCCCCUUGGGUUUGUCACCUGCUCUGGCUGAGUUCAGGGUCCUCUCCCUCCUUCUUCUCCCUGCCCUGGGGCUGGGAGGUGUCCAUCCGACUAAUGUCUGUAAAGUGCUUUGAGAUCUCCCCAACAAAGCACCUUCAGGAUGCUUCUUAUGAGCACAGCCAGGAGAGAGCAGCUGGGUUGAGAUCAAGGGUGCAGUGGGCAGGGGGUGGGUAUAAUCCAAUAAUCCCGUGUCACAGAGAAGGCCCCUCCCCUCCUCCACCUCCAGAACCAGCCCAGCUACAGGCACCAAGAGGCCUCUCCUUGGGGCAAGUGGGGAGAGGCGGAUGGACGGCAGAUGCCAGAGGGGCUCAGGGCUGCUGCCCUCAUGCCCUCUGAAUAAGUGCCCAGCCUGGCCCAGUGCCCCUUCCUCUCCUCAGGCUCCUCCUCUCCCCCACCUUGCCCGAGGAAAGGUGACUGCCCUCCUCCUUUCUUGUAAAUACCAACCGUGCAUUUGUACAGUGGGCCCGUUCGUGUGAAGUCCAUAUCCAUGGUCUCUUGGACCUGCCACGCUGCCACCUGUCCCUCCCACCCCACCCCAUGUGGGGGACAGACGCAUGUGACUCACCCCUGCCCUCAGUCUCCCAGACCCUGCUAUAGCCAGAGAUCAAUAAAGAAGGGA